UCGAGUGUCACGUGGUACAGCUGUCACUUCUGAAAGAAAUCAAUAAAGAAUAACAACUUGUGAAGCUAUAAACAAGUUAAACAAUUAUAAAUCGCAGUGCGCAUUACUUUAUUGAAUCGACAAGGUUCUAUAUAAUUAUUCUCAACUAACAAAGUGUAUUAUUUUUUCAUCCUGAUUUAAAUAAUUGGACAGCCUCGUUGAUCGCGAGGCUGAAGUGUUUUCAAAAGUCGAAAAAUACAAAAAAUAAAAAACAUGGACGACUUAACGUUCGGCUCGCACAGAUUGGUACAUCUCGAUUUGAAAGGAGCUCCACCAAGAGUCUCGUAUUUCGAAAAGUUGUUUCCAUUAUUAAGAACAUGGGGUGCUACGGGACUUCUCAUAGAGUGGGAAGAUACGUUUCCUUACUCUCGAGAAUUAUUGCAAAUAGGAAGCAACAGUCCAAGUGUAACUGCCAGUGGAUAUACAGCUCAAGAGGCCCGCCAAAUUUUACAAGUGGCCGGAGAUUGCGGUUUGGCAGUUGUACCACUUGUUCAGACUUUUGGCCAUCUCGAGUUUGUGUUGAAACACGAAGAAUGGAGAUCCCUUCGAGAAGUAGAAAAUUUUCCAAGCUCCAUUUGUCCAUCAAAUCCAGGAACAUUGUCGUUGGUCAAAUCUCUAAUACGUCAAAUAGUAAAUUUUCAUCCAGACAUUCAGUACCUACACAUAGGAGCUGAUGAAAUAUGGCAUUUGGGUUUGUGCCCGACUUGCUCAAAACGUGCUAAUUCCUCCAAAAAUGGCAAAUGGUCGUUGUAUCUGGAGCACGUGGUGUCAAUCGCUCAAUACAUCAAAGAGACUUAUCCAUGUCUAAGAAUAAUCGUGUGGGACGACAUGCUGAGAUCCAUAGAAUUACAGGUUUUGAACGAAUAUUAUAUCGGGAAAUAUGUCGAACCGAUGAUUUGGCACUACAACUCAAGGGAAACAUUCAAUUUGCCACGAGAUUUAUGGACUAAGUACAGCGCGGUUUUUCCCCACUUGUGGGCGGCGACAGCGUUCAAAGGUGCGACCGGCUCUUGUCAACAAAUCCCUGUGAUAAGUCACCACAUAAGUAAUCACGAGAGAUGGCUCGAAGAAUUGGGAACCCACGGUAACAAGGUUCACGAAUUUCGCGGUGUCGCUUUCACCGGAUGGUCGAGAUACGAUCAUUAUGCAACAAUGUGUGAACUUUUACCAACCGCAAUACCGUCACUCGCUUUGUGCAUCAAAGUUUGGCUACACGGAUAUUCUGAACAGACUCAUAUCGAAGUAGCCAAAAGUCUUGGAUAUGUGGAUCACAGAUUUCUACAUAUUAAUCCACAAUUGCGCCCGGCUCCGAUUCCCAGCAAUCUUCAAUAUCCUGGCUGGCAAGUCACCGGUGGAAUCGAAUGGUUUCUUAAUUUAAAAACCAAAUACGAUCAUAUCGUCAAUAACGAACAGAUAACAACGUGGAUGAACCCUUGGCAAGUCGCAAAUAAUUAUACAAAUCCCAUGCAACUCGAAAGCCUCCUCGUCGCGUUCUCAGAUAUACUUUUAGAGCUCUCUUCGUUGGAAGCGUACUUGAAAGUGCAGAUGGAAUCUGUGUUUUUUCCGGCUAUGGUAGACGAAUGGACAAGCUCGCAUUUGCACCCAAUGAGAAGUCGACUUUCGGAGCUCAAGCAAACGGCCGAUAAUCAAAUUAAAUUGAACAGCAGAUGUUGAAAAUUCUCUCUUCAAAAUGGAACAUUGAAAAUUGACAAGAAACACUAUAUUCGCUCUGAAAAUAAUUAGAAAACUCUUAGAUCUCAGUAAAUUUGGGGCACAAUUCGUAAUAUAGUUUGAUAUUCAUGAUUUCGAAGACACUUAUUUUGGGCAAUCUUAGAAUCCAAACGCCAAAGAUAAAUUUAUUUUGAAAAACAUCGUAAAGAAAUUUCGCCUCCUGGCAUUCCAUAUAAAAUACAAAACAAGACACAGUCGGUUUAUGGAACGAUGAAUGAGAAUAAUCAUCAAAUAAUAAUAAAAACUUAAACGGACUGACAGCAA